AUAAAACACUCUCUCAAAUAAAAUUAGCCACGUAAAAAGCAAACGAAACGAGAGUUCAUAACACCUCCUCAAAACUAAUAAUGUUUCCUCGAAUCCUUAAAUCAAGUGUCGCCUGGCGUCGUUGUUUUUGUGACAAACCACCAGGUAUGUCCAAGGAUCCCAUUUACCAGGCCUUUCUGGACAAGGUGCGGGAGUACCGUCUAAAGAGCCCCACGGGCAAGCCCAUCGAUCCAACUCCUGAGUACCAUGAAGAACUGAAAGAGGCCCUCGAGAAAUUGGCCUUUCGCUAUGGUGGAGGCGAAGGAGUCGACCUACUUAAAUUUCCCAAAUUCAAAUUGCCCGAUUUCGAGAUUGAUCCCAUUUCCAUUUACGAUUUACCCGAGUAUAAAGACAAAGAUGAUGAGAAGGUAGAGGACGCCAAGUCUAAGAGUAAAGUUAAGGAUAAGAAAGCAGACAAAGGAAAGAAAGAAGAAAAAGCUAAGAAGGCUAAGGACGACAAGAAACCAGAGCCCAAAGAUGAAAAGGAUAAAAAGAAAUAGUAGUUCAAAAAAUUAGCCAUAAAUUUACGAUUCAUUUUGUUUUUCCCACUAAAGUUGCAAAUAAAGUUCGCUCCUAGUUCCACUGUA